AUGUUCGACAUCGACUGGGUUGGACUUUCAGUCCCCUUUGCCUACAUCGCCGUUCUCGUGGGCUCUUUGAUUACAUUUUCCUCCGUCUAUAGGAAGCGAAAAGCAGCCCAAUCUGCGACUCUUGCGCCAUGGUUCCCACCGCACAUGCAGCGCAACGUCUAUCUUUCUCUGUUACAUGAAGAGCCAGCAGAAGGUCAAGAGAAGGCGCCUAAAGUACCAGAAAGCCUGCUGCGUGCCGCUCUUUUGAGACGCGCCGUCGAAGACAUCCACCGCAUUAUCCAGAUCAGAAGCGCAAAGCAAGCAUGCAGCACGCUUUUGCAACGCGGUAGCGUAGGCGACGACCUUUGGCAAAGAUUUCAGAGAGCAGAGAAAGAAAUGGAGGAGGAGCUAAGAGAUGUGGUUAUGGAGGCAAAUGCUCUCUCCAAUAAUUGGGGUCAAACAAUAUUUCAGUCUGCAAAUGAAAUUGCAGCGAACACCGUCUUUCGGAAGCGGCUUGACGAGAUCCAAGCACAGACAGAAUCAGAAAAGGAGUGGUGGGAGAAACGGAGGGACUCGAUCAAGAACGAAUUUUUGAAAGAAAUCGAAUCUGAAGCAUUGUCUACACCGGCCAAAACACAAGCAAGCAAGUUCAGUAGUGACGAUGACGCUAUCUUGGUUGACAGCCCUGUAGCCAACGAGAAGGGGAGCAUCAGGAAGAAGAAGGGCAAAAAGUGA